AUGGCGACCGAGACCUCGACAACGGUAUCCUCUGGGAGUCAGCAGAAGGUGCAGUUACGUGCGGAGACGUCCAUAGACUAUGAUAAAGAAGAGUACAAAUACAAGGACUACCUGUCGCAUCACACGCCCGGCCUGCAGCCUCCACUGCAAGAGUUCGCGCACGAAGAUGUUGGUCUACGGGCUGAUCCGAAGAAACGGACCCUUCUCGGUGCGCCGAAUGCCGUGGUCGAGGAAAUUACACCAGCUAUCGGGACAGAGAUCCAAGGCAUUCAGCUGAGCAACUUGUCGUCAACCCAAUUGGAUGAGCUAGCAUUACUUGCAGCAGAGCGAGGAGUCGUCGUUUUUAAAGACCAGGACUUUUCGGAAGCCGGACCCGAGCGCUGGAGGGCGUAUGGGAAGCACUUUGGCCCAUUGCAUGUUCACCAAAUGGGUGGACAGAUCAAAGACUACCCGGAGAUACUACCGGUCUACCGUGACUUUACUGCCGGCGCCGUUGACAAUGAGAUCAAAGACAACAUCACAAGUGUCAAAUGGCACAGCGACAUGAGCUACGAGAUCAAUGGAAUGGGAACGACUACUUUCUUGGUGCUCAGCACGCCACCUUCUGGAGGCGACACGCUAUAUCUCUCGACCACGGCAGCUUAUGACCAUUUAUCCGAGUCAUUCCGUGAGAGACUCCAUGGGCUACGUGCAGUCCAUUCCGGCUUCGAUCAAGCAUCAGUUCACGACCAUCGAGACCGCUAUAUCCGAGAGCCGAUCGAGACGGAGCAUCCUGUCAUUCGUCUUCACCCUGUGACCAAGAAAUACGCUCUGUAUGUCAAUAGGUUGUACACCAAGAGAAUCGUCGGGUGGAAGCGUGAGGAAAGCGAUGCCCUUCUUAGCUUUCUUUUCGACCACAUCGAACGUGGACAGGACUGGCACAUCCGCGUGCGUUGGAAGCCUGGAACAGUUGUGGUUUACGAUAACCGCGUGACGCAGCAUACCAACUGGCUGGUCAUCCGAUACCUAUGUGGUGCCUUUGCCGGACAUGAUGCGCGCAAGCCCGCCGCGAGUUCAGAUGAAAACAACAGCCGGCUGAGAGGCCAAGAUGAAGAUGCGGCCGUGAUUCUCGUCAGCUUCCUGCGCGAUUGGGAGUUCUGGAAGACCGAGAGUCGCAGAGCCGGGGGCCUCGAUCUCGCCCGUCUGGCCCAGCAGAACCGCUUUGCCUUCGUUGACGGCCUGUCCAAUCUCUUCCUCCCUGCUGACAGCACCGACGCUGCAGACGCAGCCCCCGCCGCUCCGGCCUUGAGCUCGCCCAUCCCCGUCCGCACCAGCCGCACAAUCACGCCCCGCACCCCUCCUCAAGCAUCACCACAACAGCAUUCCUCCACCGCGCCCAGCAGGCCCGCAAGCUCCGUAACACCAGCGCCAACCUUCCGCCUCACCAGCCCAACGCUCUCGCACCUCGAAGCCGUCGUACAGAAAGCCCGCGCGCACCUCACGGCCUCCUCGCCCGCCAGACGCGUCCUCCUCAUUCUCGACGCCCCCGACCUCCUCCUCGCGGCGGCUGCCGAUGGAACAGCUGCCCGUAGUAUGACCCCUGCAGACUUCGCGUCGACGUUGCUCGCGCUGCGUGGCGAUGUGCACGCCGCUGUGGUGUCGGUGUCGGCUGAUACGCCGCUCGUGGCUGCGGCGGUGGACGCGGUGACGGCACAGCAGGACGGUAACAUCGGCGGGCAGCACGCCAACAGCACACCGUUGGAGGCUGCACAGGCGGCAUUCGUGGUCGGAUUGACACAUGUGGCGGAUUGGGUGUUGAGUCUGCGACUGCUGGAUACGGGGUUUGCGGCGGAUGUGAGCGGGGUGUUGAGGAUCACGCGCGGAGAUAACAGUGAUGAGGACGAGGAACAGGAGGGGGAUGUGGAUGUUGGGGGCGAGGAGCUGAGAAUGGAGGAGAAGGAGGUGCUAUAUUACAUCGGUGGUGAUGGAAGCGCAAAGGCAUUUGAGCGUGGGUCUGGUGUAGGAAACGGAUAA